AGGCCUCAAUCGCAACCCCAACCCCAUUACCAAGAUUCACACCAACCUACCACCCACCACACCACACUCCCCGCAACCAUGGCAUCCCUCCACCAACUCGCCCUCCCCCCCGUCAUCAACGGCAUGCGCAACACCAUCGCCUUCCUCACCAAAGCGCAAACCCACAUCCAAACCACCGGCAUCGACCCCUCCACCCUAACAACCGCCUCGCUGCACCCGACGAUGCGCGAAUUCACCGCGCAAAUCCACUGGCUCAUCGACGCCGCCAAAGCAAUGCCCAGCCGCAUCAACCCCUCGCUACCCCCCUUCUCCCUGCCCGACGUGGAAACCGACAUCCCGUCGCUGAUCGCCAAGCUGGAGAAGACGAUCGCGUACCUCGAGGGCAUCAAGCCGGAGGACUUGAACGGAAGGGAGAACGACGAGGUGCUUUUUGUGAUUAGGCCGCCGGGCCGGGAGGAGAUUCGCUUGCGCUGGGACACGGCGGUCGUGUAUGUGCAGCAGUUUGCGCAUGCGAACUUUUGGUUUCAUGUUACGACUGCGUAUGAUAUUUUGAGGCAUAAGGGGGUGGAGCUGGGGAAGGCGGAUUUUUUGCAGAGUGCAAGGUUUUUGCAGUAGAGCGGGGAGAGGAGAGGUGGUUGGGGAGUGGGGAGCGGAUGGUUGGGAGUGAAGCAAGAGGGGGAUGAGAUAGAGGGGAGAGACAGAGAGGAUGAUGUGCUAGAGCAAGCAAACCAGGGGUAUCAUUAGAGAUUACAAUCAAACGCGACCAAGGAACUCC